GGGGCGGGGGCGAGACAGAGGGGGAGCCGCGGGGAGCGCGCGGGACGCGGCCGGAGGCCGUGCGCGAGCCGGGGCACCGGGCGGCGGCGGCGGCGGCGGCGCGCGCCAUGUCGUUCAGUGAAAUGAACCGCAGGACGCUGGCGUUCCGAGGAGGCGGGUUGGUCACCGCUAGCGGCGGCGGCUCCACGAACAAUAACGCUGGCGGGGAGGCCUCAGCUUGGCCUCCGCAGCCCCAGCCGAGACAGCCCCCGCCGCCAGCGCCGCCCGCGCUUCAGCCGCCUAAUGGGCGGGGGGCCGACGAGGAAGUGGAAUUGGAGGGCCUGGAGCCCCAAGACCUGGAGGCCUCCGCUGGGGCGGCCGCCGGCGCCACCGAGGAAACCAAGGAGUUGCUGCUCCCCCAAGACGCGGGCGGCCCCACCUCGCUUGGCGGCGGUGGCGCGGGGGGCCCCCUGUUAGCGGAAAGGAACCGUCGGACUCUGGCCUUCCGAGGCGGCGGCGGCGGGGGUCUCGGCAACAAUGGCAGUAGCCGCGGCCGCCCCGAAACCUCGGCGUGGCCCUUGAGGCAUUUCAAUGGGCGAGGGCCGGCGACUGUGGAUCUGGAGCUGGACGCGCUGGAGGGGAAGGAGUUGAUGCAGGACGGCGCGUCCCUGAGCGACAGCACCGAGGACGAGGAGGAGGGGGCGAGCCUGGGCGACGGCAGCGGGGCGGAAGGCGGCAGCUGCAGCAGCAGCAGGCGGUCGGGCGGCGAUGGCGGGGACGAAGUGGAGGGCAGCGGUGUGGGAGCUGGCGAAGGAGAGACUGUCCAGCACUUCCCGCUCGCGCGGCCCAAGUCUCUAAUGCAGAAGCUCCAAUGCUCCUUCCAGACCUCCUGGCUCAAGGACUUUCCCUGGCUGCGCUAUUCCAAGGAUACUGGUCUUAUGUCUUGCGGCUGGUGCCAAAAGACCCCUGCAGAUGGGGGAAGCGUGGACCUUCCCCAAGUGGGGCAUGAUGAGCUUUCGCGAGGGACCCGCAACUACAAGAAAACCCUCCUCCUGAGACACCACGUCUCUACCGAGCACAAACUCCACGAAGCCAACGCCCAGGAGUCAGAAAUACCAUCAGAGGAGGGAUACUGUGACUUUAAUAGUAGGCCAAAUGAGAACUCUUAUUGCUAUCAACUUCUGCGACAACUAAAUGAACAGAGAAAGAAAGGUAUUCUUUGUGAUGUCAGCAUUGUGGUAAGCGGAAAAAUCUUCAAAGCUCAUAAGAACAUCCUGGUUGCAGGCAGCCGUUUCUUUAAGACUUUAUAUUGCUUUUCAAACAAAGAAAGCCCUAACCAAAACAAUACUACCCACUUAGAUAUUGCUGCAGUUCAAGGUUUUUCAGUCAUCUUGGACUUCUUGUAUUCUGGUAACCUGGUGCUCACAAGCCAAAAUGCCAUUGAAGUUAUGACAGUGGCCAGCUAUCUUCAAAUGAGUGAAGUCGUUCAAACUUGCCGAAAUUUCAUUAAAGAUGCCUUAAAUAUAAGCAUUAAAUCAGAAGCUCCAGAGUCUGUAGUUGUGGACUAUAAUAAUAGAAAACCAGUUAAUAGAGAUGGUCUGUCUUCAUCACGGGAUCAAAAAAUUGCCAGUUUUUGGGCAACACGGAAUCUUACCAAUUUGGCCAGUAAUGUAAAGAUUGAAAAUGAUGGUUGUAAUGUCGACGAGGGCCAAAUAGAAAACUACCAAAUGAAUGACAGUAGUUGGGUCCAGGACGGAUCUUCUGAAAUGGCUGAAAAUGAAUCUGAAGGUCAAACAAAAGUGUUUAUUUGGAAUAAUAUGGGCUCCCAGGGAAUUCAAGAGACUGGCAAAACAAGGAGGAAAAACCAAACUACAAAAAGAUUUAUUUAUAAUAUUCCACCUAAUAAUGAAACGAAUUUAGAAGAUUGCUCAGUAAUGCAGCCACCUGUUGCCUAUCCAGAAGAAAAUACACUACUCAUCAAGGAAGAACCAGAUUUAGAUGGUGCUCUACUCUCGGGGCCAGAUGGUGAUAGGAAUGUGAAUGCAAAUUUAUUGGCUGAAGCUGGCACUAGUCAAGAUGGAGGUGAUGCUGGUACUUCACAUGAUUUCAAGUAUGGUUUGAUGCCUGGUCCUUCAAAUGAUUUCAAGUAUGGUUUGAUACCAGGUACUUCAAAUGAUUUCAAGUAUGGAUUGAUACCAGGUGCUUCAAAUGAUUUCAAGUAUGGAUUAUUGCCAGAAUCUUGGCCCAAACAAGAAACCUGGGAAAAUGGUGAAUCAUCUCUAAUCAUGAACAAGUUAAAAUGCCCUCAUUGUAGCUAUGUAGCCAAAUACAGACGAACACUAAAAAGGCACUUGCUCAUUCACACAGGAGUGAGAUCAUUUAGCUGUGAUAUUUGUGGAAAACUGUUUACUCGGAGAGAACAUGUAAAAAGACAUUCCCUGGUGCAUAAAAAGGAUAAAAAAUACAAAUGUAUGGUGUGUAAGAAGAUCUUCAUGUUAGCAGCCAGUGUUGGAAUAAGACAUGGAUCUCGACGUUAUGGUGUUUGUGUAGACUGUGCAGAUAAAUCACAACCAGGAGGGCAAGAAGGUGUAGAUCAGGGACAGGAUACAGAAUUCCCUCGGGAUGAAGAAUACGAGGAGAAUGAAGUAGGAGAAGCUGAUGAAGAGCUAGUUGAUGACGGAGAAGAUCAGAAUGAUCCCUCUCGAUGGGAUGAAUCAGGAGAAGUUUGUAUGUCUCUAGAUGAUUAAUUGACCUACUAUACUCCUCAAGGAUGCUGCAUUUGGACCUAAUAUGAAUCGACAAUUUGGAUUGUUGAACUUGAAGGCUUGCAAAAUAUGGUACAUGCUGGAUAGUAGUUAUGUUGCUGUGAAAACUGUAGGGUCAAAGCCUUAUAGCAAAAAAAAUUUUUUUUUUAUAUUUGCACAGGACUAUACAGCAAACAACCAUGUGGUUGGAUUAUAUGGAGUCCCCACAUAUUCAGUCAGUUAUCAAAGUAAAAUAUUUUUUAUUUAUAGGAUAUACAGUAACUAUUUGGGUCCUAUGAAAAUAGUCCUUAAAGAGCUUACAUUCAUGUACUACUUUAACAUGAAUGGAGAAAAUCCAUUUAUGGAAGUACAGUGACAAUUGACCCAAUCACUCUGUCCAUCAAACCACUCAGGCUAGUUUGUACUAGUAGAGUUUUGUUUCUAUUUUUAUUUUUAUUAAUUUUAUUUUUUUUAAUACAGAUUUUCAGUGAGGGGCUUUUUCAACCCCGUUGGUUCUAUUUUCUUGUAUUUUUCCAUUUAAUUUGCUUCAUAACUUAAACCAAGUCUCUUCUAGUCUUAGGUAUUAUUUCUCGAUUUUGUGCUGAUGGGCAUGUUUAUAAGAACUGGAGAGGUAAUUUAUUGGAAUGAACUAACUGACUUCCUGCAUUCCCCCCUUCCUUUUUGACAUGAAUUUUACUACACAAAUGAAGAAUGAUGUUAUGAAGUUACCGUGGCGAAGUUGACAAAUACCACUAAAAUGAUUAUGAUUUAGAAGUAACUUUCUUCUGCUGCUCUAAUCUGAUAAAUGGUUACUAUAUGAUAUUUUCUGACAUGGUAUUCGGUUUUGGGUAUCUGUUACUUUGGCACUAUUCUUGUUUGCCUCAUUAUUUUUGCCAGUGUACUAUACCUCAGUCCUAUUUGAAAGACCUAAUUGAAAGAAAAAUCAUAGAAAUAAGUAAAAUGAUUUGUUUUAUAAUUUAUCCACCAUGUCCAGUUUGGUUAGCUUGUUAUGCAAUAUAAGUGAAAUAUCAGGUUUUUACCCGUGUCCCUUUUAUCAUUAAAAUUAACACGAAAUGUGCAUUCUCUUUUGUUUCAUACUUAGCGGGAUAUUGAUUGUUUUGAAAUUAUGAUCAAUACUUAAUUUAUUUUUUUCUGUUCCUUGAAGUCACUACACCUUGACACAGUCUUUCUAAUAGUCACCAUGAUUCAAGUCUCAAAAAUCUUACAAAUAAAAUUCUGAGAAGCUUUAUUAUUCUAUAAACUAAAUUCAGGUACAGAGGGUGACAUAUUGAGGUGAAAUUGUCAGAUUUACGUAGCCUGGUGACAUGAAUUAGCUGAUUGUGGAACUCUCAGCAGCAUUUCACGUAUUGUUAACAUGUAUGGCAUUUAUUAGCAUAUUGUGUAUUAUAUAAGAUUGAGGGAUGUCAUAUUUUCAGCUUUCUUUUAAAUAAAAAUUGAGUAUAUUUUCCUAUUUUAUAUCAGGUAACUAAAUUAUGCUAGUUAUGUGGAAAAAAUUGCAAAGAUGCUUUGACAGAUAUAAUCCCUUUGGUGCUCCAUCUGAUCAAAGUUGAAAAGUUGAUGUUUUUUAAGAGACAAGCUUUAUCAUUGUCUCUGAUUUCAGUAGAAUAAUGGUUUAUUGUUAGACAAUGAUGUUUCUGCUUGGAUAAAUCAAAGAUAAAUUACAGUUACAUGGUUAGAUGCAUCUUUUGUCAUCUAUAUUGUAGUUUCUACAUAACUGUAAACCUGACAGAUAAGAAUAGUUUCGGUUUGAUUUUUGUUUAAAACAGAUGAGUACAUCUUAAUGUUCUAGACAAAUGAGUAAAAUGUAUUUCUGGUAGAAAUUAGUUGGGCAAAGAUACUAUGAAUGAAAAAGUAUUUUAAACGUAAAAUGUUCUUUGUGAAUAUGUAAGUAUAGUAUAAAGAUUUCUUUCAUCCCAUUUAUCCCCUUCCUUUAAAUAAACUAGUUUACAAUUGGUAGAGCUGUCUAUAUAUAAAUAUAUAUUAAAGAACAAAGAUAUAUAUCUAAAAAUCACCUAAAUCUGCUUUAUUAGACUACAGUUCACUUAUUGCAUAGAAACUGGACUUGGCUUUACAUUCUUAAUGUACUUUUACUUUUCCUCAAGAUAUGAACUUACUCUCUUGAAGCUGAAUUUUCUUUUACUACUUAAAUCAUUUAUGUAUAUCUGGUAAAUUAUGACCAAAUUUUUGUUAGAUUGCAUACAGUAAAUUGAAAUACACACUUGGUACACUACGGGAUUGUUGUGCUUUUGUUUGGUUUUAGUUGGAAAUAAGGUUUGAUGUAGAUGGCUUGUUACUGUUAAUUUAAAAUAUUCUAUAAUUGUCCAUUACUUUUAUGUUGUGUUGUGACAGAUUUGGCUAUAUUUUUAGUCAAUUGAAAUAUGAUACUUUAAAAGUUUGUUUUUAGGUAAUCCAAAGGAAAAGUGUUUAUACUCUUGAAUAUAUUAGCCUCAGCCUAUAUAAAAAUUUCUUUGAAGUAAACAUUUUACCAGAAACAGAAUUGACAGAUUUUUCUACUUGCUGACUGCCUAACUUAUUUUGUUUCAUGAUCUCGAGGGACUGCCUUUUCCCAUGUAGAUCUUUUUAAAAAAUAGUUUUAGUACUAAGGUAUACUACUGGACAUUUCUAUUUUUUUAAGUGUAUUCUUUUUCUGACUUACAGUAAAAUUUCAGGAAGUUGAUAGAUACUAAGAACUUAUGAUUGGUCUCAGAGGUAACAAUGAAAUACUCAUAAUUUUGUCUGUGGAACUCUGGCAGAAUUAUGUUACACAUUUGGCGAAGUUGUCUCUUGUAAUUUAUAUUUUAAAUGAAAAAGUAUUUUAGAGCUUUUAAUUUUAAUGAAGGGGAAGAGUAUAAACUUUCUUUCAUAUUCACUCUGUAGUUACAGACCGUCUCAUAAAUCAAGAUUGUGCAUUAUUUCUUAGAGUUCUCAGAGACAGAUACUUCCAUAUGGACCCCUGUUCAUUUUUCUUAUUUACUAGAUAUUUUGCUAAAUUUAGCACACUAGCAAUUAAGAGUUUAAAAAAGAAGAAACAUUAUAGGAAAGGGAAACUGAACAGUAAUGAGUAGCUUUGAAAUUGGGGAAAACACACUAGCUGUGUUAGGUACAGCCAUCCUAAUGGAAAAGAGUGAGCUAAAUGCGUUAAUUCAUGUAAAGUGCUUAGAACACUGGUACAUAAUAGGUGCAUAACACAUCUUAAAGUUGUUUAAUAAUAGAUAAGAACCAAGAGGAAAAAGAAAUAAGAAAAGAUGGGGGAAAGGAAGGAGAAAAUAGGAAAUGAAAGGAUUAGGACUUGGGCAUUUAUAUUAAUACAAAAUGGUGUAAACGGCCUGAAUAUCACUGGAGUAGUAUCAUACGGGGGAAAGUGUGAUGGAAAAUAGCUUUUUAAAAAUCUUAAAUUUUAAAACUUUAGUAAGCUUUAUUUAUAUUUUUUAGGAUUUUCUGAACAUAGCAUGAAGGGUUUAGAUUCAUUUUUCUGAAAAACGAUUCAGUAAACUACCAAUUUUUUUUUUGAGUGCCCACACUUGCCGUUGUGCUGUAUACAUGAUUUUACCUUAAUCCUCUACAAGUUAGGUGCUAAUUGUCUCCAUUUUAUAGAUGAGGAAAGGCUCAGAGAAAUUCAGAAACUUGGCUAAUUUAACACAGCUGUGAUAGAGCUCGGAUUUGACCACGUCUGAUUCUGAAGCCCAUACUCUUUCAGGGAGGCUCUGUUGCUGCUUCAUUAAACAACUCUUGUAGAAUUUCAGCUCUUAAUGGAGUCUCUGGAUUUAUAUUUUUCCUAUAAGACAGCUGUGUUUAGAAUUUUGAGUGUCUUUCCUCCCCCCAACAAAUUUCCUUACUACUCUUUCCUCAUAAAGCAGUUGUUUUGUCACUUUGACUAUAUUAAGACACAUCAGUGUAGCACAUGCUCUUAACCGGCUGUGGCAUUUUAAUUUUAUAAAAGAAUGGUUUUUAUCUGAAGAACUAGAUAGAAACCCCAGUUUUUGUGCCGUUCAGUCACCCAGAUCCUUAAACUUAACUAUGGUACAUAAUAUCCACACUUAGAACUAACAGGUGUUUAGUCACUUUAGGACUUAAAAUGGAAAGUUUUUUUUUUUCCUGCUGUAUCCCUGCUUUCAACUGAAGUUAAAGAAUUCUAGAUAGUUUAAAAUGUGUUAGGGAUAAGCACACUUCAAAAGAUGUUUUCUAGCCCUAAAUUUUAUGACAUUGGGUACUUAAAUUUGGAGUACACUAGCUAUUGAGAACAAUAUUUUGGGUUGAGGAGAGAUGGUUGAGGCCAUUAUUUAGUGGGAGCAUUGGCAUUUUGAACACUGUAAACAUAAAAGAACACUUCCGCCUGCUGUUUGUAAAAGCUCUUUGGGAAGAUCUUUUACGAAGACCAACUUUUUAAAAUGUAAAUUACCUACCUAAUAUAAGUGUCCUAAGACAUGUAUGUAAACUUCCGAAACUGUUUUGUCUGUGUAUUUAGAAAAUACACAAGAAUCUUUAUUCAAACCUAAAAAUAUAAACUUGUGAGCACUAAA